AUGGACUCGGUCUUUCUCCUUAGCGCCGAUGACCGCCGGCGCUUCCUCCAGAGCGCGGCACGGAUCCUCGGAUGCUCGUAUAUCUGCCUGUGGACUGCGCUUCCCCGCCAAUCCAAGUAUGUCACCCUCUCCUCUCCUCUUUCCGUCGUCUUUCUUCCCUCUAAAACCAUCUGUCCUCUUUACCACUUAAUUCUUGGUGCCACCACUUCAAUCAGCCACUUGGCCUCCAUCGAUGGAUGGCAUCGCGAGGACGACAGCAGCCACCCAAGCUCCUCGUCGGGCAGCCUCUCCCGGAGGCUCUUCGAGGCCUACCGGAAUUUGCGUUUCAGCAUCGACAGCGGUUGUGUCCCUGGGUCGGCCUACAAGGAAGGGAUCCCAUACAUCGAGCUAGGGGAGUCGGAGCUAAUGAACUCGGCUUCGAUGCAAAUCCAGCGGCGGUUUUACCAGGAAGCCAGAAUUAAGACAGCUAUUUUUAUGGGAUGCAGCAGCGGGGAGAUUGAAUUAGGGAUGACCAUGUCAGAUAUUAUGUACGCGCAAACGAACAUCCAGCAUGUGUUUUCCGAAGAUUUUGUUCAACACUCCCUCUUAGGGGACCCAUUCCCGGCACCCGACCAGAGUAAGCCCUCAUCGUCGUCCUCGUCGCUUCGAUCUUUGUCGGUGGGAAGUCCAGAGUACUCGGGCGCUCCUUUCAUGCCGGAGAUGACUGGAGAGCAAGCGCUAGUGGUUCCACCGCACCAAAUGACCAUGCAAGCCUAUGCUCGGUACCGAGAUGUCCAGCUUCCAACCCCUGCAAGUGAUGAUGCAGCACUCACGAGAGCAAUGCUUGCUGUUCUCUCUACACCUUCUUCUUCUUCUCCAUUGUUCUACCAGUCUCUACGCCAGGAUCAAGCCCAGCACAGCCCAAGAAGCCGUCCAGUGGGGUCAUUUCAGGCAUAUAAUCCAGCUUUUGCUCCAAUACUCGAACCCCAGGCAGCAGUGCAUGGCCAGAAGAUGGUGAAAACGGCAAUCUCUAUCCUGAGAAGGAUACAUCAUAUGAGAUAUCAAACUCGUAUGCAGGAGGUACGGCCGACAAGCAACCAGUUGCACCAUAUGAUAUCUGAGCGCAGGCGCCGAGAGAAGCUUAAUGAGAGUUUUCAUGCACUAAGAAUGUUACUACCACCAAGUUCUAAGAAGGACAAGGCAUCAGUGCUUUCCAACACAAGGGAGUAUGUAAAUACUUUGAAAGCUCAAAUCUCUGAGCUUGAAGAGAGAAACCGAAUGCUAGAAAUGCAACUUCAGCCUGCUGUUGAUAUUAAAGAAGUUGGUGAUUCAACAGAAAGAGUAGAAGUUCAGAUAACAAGGGCCUCCGAAUCAACAUCAGAAGCCCAAAGAAUGAACCUUAUAAUUACAGUUAGGGUAGAAUGUAAUAUGAUAGAUUUAGUUCUCCGCAUAGUGGAACGCCUGAAAGAGAUGGGAAAUAUCAGCUUGGUGUCAGUGGAGGCAAGCUCAGGUUCACCACAGACGAAUUCAUUUGCACGCUCAAAUUUCACACUACAAGUUCAGGUACGGAAUAUAGUUUCAAAUGUUCAUCGUUUAUUUGAUGAUAUUAAUUUGGAAUUGCUGCCAAAUAAUAUUCCUUGUGAUAUUAUGCUAAAAAGAUUUUGA